AUGUUAUUGCUCGAUCUUCCCAACGAGAUCCUGUGGUGCAUUCUACGCUUUGUGCCACCACGAGACUCGCUUCGGUUGCUCCGGACAUGCAAAUCGCUGUUUCAGCUCAAAGGUGACGAACGCUUUUGGCGCGAAUUAUGUGCACGGCAAUACGGUAUUGCUUAUCUCCAUCCAAAUCAGACCUGGUGGCAGCUCUAUGUCUCGGGCGAUCUGGCAAACACAUGUCCUCACAUCCACAACCGUGCACUUUACAACAAUGACCAACACAACAAGGGAAAAUGCUUGCAUUGUCAGCAAAAACCAGGAGCAAUGUGCUUACAUCCAGACUGCCAAUUCGUCGGCUGUGGCGAUGCGUCUUUUAUACCGGAAGCGAAUCCCGGCCAUGUACGCGAACACUAUCAUGCGACGGGCCAUGCAUUUGUGCUCAAGUUGACGUCUCUACAUUUGUGUGAGGUGUGGUGCUUUGCAUGUGGCAAGGGCAAACCUGGUAACGAAAGCUAUUUUCACAUGGGGCCAUCCAUGGACAAGCCCAUGGGAGAACGCUAUCUGGUGCGUCGCAUCAUAAGUGCUGUGAUGGACACGUUACCCACGGAUCCACAAUCGAAAAUCCGAGCCAUUGAACAACGCAGGGUGAUAGAACGACGGUUGCUUUGGUCUCAACAGAGUCACCAAGACUCAUACUUGAUUGAACGCAAAUGGUUCAUGGCAUGGAACGCAUUUCUUUUUGGUAAGUGUACCGAUCGAAUACCCGGUCACUUGCCAAACAGGACUCUUUUUGUUGUUGACGACGACGACAGCAAGACACUGUCACUGCGCUCCGAUAUUGAACUGGGAACCGACUUUGAACUUGUCGGAGGCGUUGUACGGAGUUACAUAGAACGUGUCUAUGACAUCGACGGACCGGUCAUUUCCGGAUAUGAAUUGCAAUAUAAACCCGAAUAUCGAAAAAUAUGCGAGUCUAUUUUGUUUAGACGUCAUAUCAUGCAACGUGGGCCAACAGGCAUACCGACCGAUCCUUGA